CCGCCGCCUCCGCCUCUCCUCUAAUGAGCAUCUCUGCCUUGCUUUCAAUGGGCCGCUGCUGCUGUCGCUGCUGCUGUCCGCGCGGGUUGUGGAUGUUGUCGGCUCCGUGUUGUGAUGACAGGAGAAUGUGUGUGUGUCCCGGGCCCAGACGAAUUGGAAUCCCAGUCAGAAGUUCCAGCCUACCACUGUUCUCUGAUGCCAUGCCAGCACCAACUCAACUGUUUUUCCCUCUCAUCCGUAACUGUGAACUGGGUAGAUUCUAUGGCACUGCAUGUUACUGCCACCACAAGCAUCUAUGCUGUUCAUCUCCCUACGUUCCUCAGAGUCGCCUGAGGUACACACCCCAUCCAGCAUAUGCUACUUUCUGUAGGCCAAAGGAGAACUGGUGGCAUUACACUCAAGGGAGAAGGUAUGCUUCCACGCCACAGAAAUUUUACCUUACACCUCCACAAGUCAACAGCAUCCUUAAAGCUAAUGAAUAUAGUUUCAAAGUACCAGAAUUUGAUGGCAAAAAUGUCAGUUCCAUCCUUGGAUUUGAUAGCAACCAGCUGCCUGCAAAUGCACCCAUUGAGGACCGGAGAAGUGCAGCAACCUGCUUGCAGACAAGAGGGAUGCUUUUGGGGGUUUUUGAUGGCCAUGCAGGCUGUGCUUGUUCUCAGGCAGUCAGUGAAAGACUCUUCUAUUACAUUGCUGUCUCUCUGUUACCUCAUGAGACUCUGCUAGAGAUUGAAAAUGCAGUAGAGAGUGGCCGGGCACUGCUACCCAUCCUUCAAUGGCAUAAGCACCCCAAUGAUUACUUCAGUAAGGAGGCAUCCAAAUUGUACUUCAACAGCUUGAGGACUUACUGGCAAGAGCUUAUCGACCUCAACACUGGCGAGUCAACUGACAUUGAUGUUAAGGAGGCUUUAAUUAAUGCUUUCAAGAGACUUGAUAAUGACAUCUCAUUGGAAGCUCAAGUUGGUGAUCCUAAUUCUUUUCUCAAUUACCUGGUGCUUCGGGUGGCGUUUUCUGGGGCCACUGCUUGUGUGGCCCAUGUGGAUGGUGUUGACCUUCAUGUGGCUAAUACUGGGGAUAGCAGAGCCAUGCUCGGUGUGCAGGAAGAGGAUGGCUCUUGGUCAGCACUCACGCUGUCUCAUGACCACAAUGCUCAGAAUGAAAGAGAACUAGAACGGUUGAAAUUGGAACACCCAAAGAAUGAAGCCAAGAGUGUUGUGAAGCAAGAUCGUCUGCUUGGCUUGCUGAUGCCUUUCAGGGCUUUUGGAGAUGUAAAGUUCAAAUGGAGCAUUGACCUUCAAAAGAGAGUCAUAGAAUCUGGCCCAGACCAGUUGAAUGACAAUGAAUAUACCAAGUUUAUCCCUCCUAACUAUCACACACCUCCUUAUCUCACUGCUGAGCCAGAGGUAACUUAUCACCGAUUAAGGCCACAGGAUAAAUUCCUAGUGUUGGCCACUGAUGGGCUAUGGGAAACUAUGCAUAGGCAGGAUGUAGUUAGGAUUGUGGGUGAGUACUUAACUGGUGUUCAUCAUCAACAGCCAAUAGCUGUUGGUGGCUACAAGGUGACUCUGGGACAGAUGCAUGGCCUUUUAACAGAAAGGAGAGCCAAAAUGACCACAGUAUUUGAGGAUCAGAAUGCAGCAACCCAUCUCAUUCGCCAUGCUGUGGGCAACAACGAGUUUGGGGCUGUCGAUCAUGAGCGCCUCUCCAAAAUGCUUAGUCUUCCUGAAGAGCUUGCUCGGAUGUACAGAGAUGACAUUACUAUCAUCGUAGUUCAGUUCAAUUCUCAUGUUGUUGGGGCAUACCAAAACCAGGAACAGUGAGUGGAUGUUACCCUGACAAUUCUCAAGUUUAAAGGGCAGAUAGACUUUUAAAAAGAAACAUUUCCCAUUUGAUAUUCUAGGUAGUCAGGUAUUCCAAACUGACUGCAGCAGGUAAUCAUAGCUUCACUUCUGUCCAAUUGGACCUCAUGGCAUCUGCAUUUGAGGCCACUCAGUUUCUAUUGCAGGGGUAUUGAAGCAGUGAUUUUCUUCUUUUUACCAACCUGAGAAUACCAAGAUUGACAUAUACAAUGCUGAACAGGUUAAAGGCAAGGAUCUUGCUGGGUGUAUUCUCCUAGUGAAAGGCAAGAAACAAACAUUACAGUUCACACUUGCAGACACUUUUCUUAGAUUCUGAUGUACAUGAGAACAUUUAUUUACUGCAUGGUUUUUUUGAGGUAAACAUGCAUUCAUUGUUUAUUUUAGCCUGAACUAUUUUUCAAAUCCAGUACUUUAAGCCAUAAAUGACCAUGAACCAAGCAAUCUGGAUUUGUCAGUUUUUGUGAAUAUAUGAUAAAGAACCCUUCUUAAAUGGAAAAAAAAAUGUAUUCCCUUCCCUACCUGUGAUUUACUUAAUGUAACUGAAAUAGUUUCUGUUUUGCACACACUGAAAGACAAUAAUGGUUUUUAGUUUUUAUCUACACUUACAUUGACUGUUAAAUAAAGGGGAAAGUGUUUUUAAGUUUGUGUUAAUGAAAAUUCUUAGUUUGAAAAGAUACCUAAGUAAAAAGAAGAGACUGGUGGGUUUAAUUAUUGCCAUCUGUAGCCACCAGCAUGCUGAUAUUAUGUAAUCCUCAAAGGUCUAGUGUGCUGUGAAUGUGGUGAAAUAGACUGCUGCUGGGAAAACUUAGUAGUGAUAAGAAUUUUCAUCCGUUUUGGAAUUUCAAGGAUGACAUAUAAGUUUAUCGAUUUGGGUAAUGAAGUUUUAAUAUCACCAUCCAUAUUGGGACAAUGGAGGAAAUAUUUUGUUUUUCCCCAUUUAAAUGUAGGUCAAUUAAAAUAAUUUGGUUUAAAAUUAUUAAAGGCUUUCAACAUAUUGUAGCUUAAGAUAUAUGUGUUAAGAUAUAUACAUGAGAAAAUUUAAAUGCUAGCUUGUGCAUGCCCUUUGUAGAACACUCGGUAGCAUCAAGUGUUUUUUGCAGCAGUCUCCAUAAUUAUAUACAGUCCCUUCUAAUUCUGUGUCAAAGUUAAUGAAAAUAAAUAUAUUCAAAUUAUUUGGGAGAGCUUAUUUACAAUGUAUCCACUGACACUUUGUUCCUGUGUUUGAUGGUGAUCUGUGUACAGGUGUGCAUAUAUUUUAACACAUAAUCACUGUUAAAAUAGGCUAUGACUAUGUUUAAAAUUCAUGCAGGUUUUGAUACACAGAUGAUUAGCUUUCUGCUGUAGUAUUACUUGGGUGUCUAGGAGUCCUUCAGAAUUCUGUAGGGUAUGAACGUGCUGUUCAAGGCUUCUGGACUGUGGCUACAAACACUAUUUGGCCACAAAAUUUGUUCCAGCUGAAAUGAGACUCUGGAAGAUUACAGUUCAGACUAUCAUAGUUUGUUUCCUGAAAUGUUUUGGUUUUGUUUUUUUAAAGUCAAAUUGGACCCCCCCUUCCCCCAGUAGUAUUUUUGGAGGAGGUAAUGUUAUAUUACACAUUUAUUUCUAAAUAUUUUGACAGAUCAUCUUUGGGUGAAAAUGUACACUGUGGUAGCAAAACCCAGUUUUAGCUACUGCUUGAAUUGUCCCUAAACACUACCACUGAAAAUUUUUAUGUACUUAAUAAUGUCUCAUCUCCAUAAUACAGGGAAUAUAAAUUUGGUUUCCUGUGUUUAUAAUUAGGAUUUUGUUCAUGGUCUGAAACCUGGUCUACUUUAUAUAGAAAUGAAAAUGCCAUCCAGAGUUGACAUUGUGGAUAUGAAAGUAGUGGGGUGUUCAAACUCUGUACUGUCACCUGAAAGCAGUUGUGAUUUUUUUCUUUAUUUUUGGUAACUUGCCUGUCACCAUGAUAGGAUGUCUAGAAUUAAUGUCAGUAUGUAUAAACUCUCAUAGUAUUUAGUCUUUUAAAAUUUUAUUUUAAACUUUCUAACAUAUAUUCAAUUUCUUUAUUUAUAUUUAAUCAGUGGUUCAUGAUAUAUAUAAUAUACCCUUAAUUAUAUAAAAAUAAUGUUGUUAUGGUACACUGUACUUAAGAAUGUAAGAAUGUUCUGUUACGGUUAGAGAAGUGCCCACAGUAAAUUAAAGCUUUUAUCUGCUUUCUGAA